AUCGAUCUGCGCGGCGUGCUAGCUUUUCGUUUUACUCAUUCUCGAGCCACCCGGAGAGGUUGGUCCCAGUUAUGGCUUCGGCGAACCCCUGGGACCCGGCGUCGGCGCCAAACGCUGCCAGGCUACUGCUGGGUCAUUUCGUAACUUCAGGGAUGGUCACUCAGGAGAUGUUAAAUAUAUCUAAGAAACCUGCUUCUUGCUUUGUGAAAUUCUCCAGGCUACAGCACAUCACAGAUAUUCAAGCUGAAAUCAACCAGAAAAACCUGGAAAUUGAACUUCUAAGACUAGAAAAAGAUACAGCAGAUAUUGUUCAUCCUUCCUCUUUGGCUCAAAAGUGUCAUACUCUGCAAAGCAUGAAUAAUCAUUUGGAAGCAGUGCUAAAAGAGAAGAGGUCUCUCAGGCAAAGACUAUUGAAACCCAUGUGCCAGGAAAACCUGCCUAUUGAAGCUAUUUACCACAGAUACAUGGUACAUUUGCUGGAGUUGGCAGUGACUUUCAUUGAGAAAUUAGAAACCCAUAUUGAAACAAUUAGAAACAUCCCUCAUUUAGAUGCAAAUCUAAAGAAAAUGAGCAAGGCUUUAGCAAAGAUGGAUGUUUUGGUCACUGAGACAGAAGAACUGGCAGAGAAUAUACUCAAGUGGCGAGAACAACAAAAGGAAGUUUCCUCUUGUAUCCCCAAAAUAUUAGCUGAAGAAAAUUAUCUUCAUAAACGUAUUAUAACUCCUCCUAUGCCUUGUACAUCUAAAGUUCAUGUCCAUACUAUUAAUGGCAAGUGAUUCAACUGUGUAUUUUUGCUUAAAUAUGUGUAGUCAUGUGAAGUCCAUUUCUAGUCAAUGGUAACAUGGAUAUUUAUAGGUUUUGCUGCUAGCAAUACUGGAAGAACCCUCUUUAUAUUGAGGUACUAAGUUUCCACGUUAAUUAAGACCAAAAUGAAUUUUCCUUUGUUUUUCAUGUAUUUUCAUUCCACUUUUCAAUAAAACUUGUGAAGAUCAAAUAUAAUUAUGAUAGUUUAUUAACAUGAGUGUAUUAUCCAUAUCUCAAGCAGUAGAUUCUAUUAUGUCUCUUUUUUUAAUGCUUGUUUCUGAAUUAGAAGAGUCUUUUUGAAUCUGAAAAUAUGUUGACUGUUCCUAUGAGAUUGUCAUUAAAUGUGUAGAAAAGAGUAACAUAGCAGGCCUGACCUCUAUCUUUUGAAAGCCUUGUUUGCAAGGUGGGUCCUUUGCCAUGAACUUAGAUUUCAAGAGGGUUCCCUCCACUCAUGCUGAUAAGAAUUGUUCUCUGUGACAAAGCUGUUUGUACAAUGUGGUUUGUGUUGAACACCUGCUUUUCUUCUGGGAGUCUAGGAUUUUGAUACAUGUUAGGCAGAAGAUACCUACAUAACUAGCCUGCAAAAAUAACUCUGGGUACUGUAUCUGUUUCAUGGCAGAUAUUUCACAUAUGUCACAACUCAGUUGCUAGAGGAAUUAAGUACAUCCUAUGUGACUCCACUGGCAGAGAACUCUGGAAGCUGUGCCUGAUUUACCUCUGGCUUUGCCCCAUGUUCCUUUUCCCUUUGCCCUUUUGUUUUUAUGUUUUUACUUCAAUAAUCAUAACCAUGAAUAUGCUGAGUCCUGUGAAUCUUCCAUGCAUAUCAUCAAACCUGGGUGGAGUAGGUCUUGGGGCCUUGACACACUGAGCAAUUCCUGAGAAUGUUCAUUGGCAGCCUUAGGAAUAGGCAAAAAAGAAAGGUAGAGCAAAGCAAAGAAAAAGGCACAUUGUGAUAAAACUUUUAGAGGUUUACCUUACAAAAUGCUUAGAUAUUUUACCUCUCUUGAGAUUAUUGUGCAUAAGGAAGUGGUAUACAAAGACUUGCUUAGCCUCAGAACAUAUUUAUUUUUAUCAGUACUGUAACUACCCUAGGCUUAUUUUCAGACUUGGGGUUCUCUUUUGCUUCAAAAUGUGUGCAUCAGUAUUUUUAUAUUAUUGUAUUCUUGUAUCACCAGGGUCCAGUGAUCCUUGUGUUCAUCACACUUUCUAACAUAAGAAGACCUCAACAUCGUGGAUGAAUAGUUGUUCGUAAGGAAGCAAGAUCAUUGCCAAAAAAUAUCCUACUAAAAUAACCAACGAUCAUGUUUUGAACCUUAAGUUGCUGAUUUGCAAAUGAGAUAUAGAAGAGUGGGCAUAAUAUCUAAUGCCUAACAUUGCCUAAACAUUAAAGCAAAACUUUCAGUUGUAUUUCAUCAGAAAUCUGCUUAGCCUUGGUUUCAAACAUCUUACUAUGUUUCUUCUUCAUGUGAUUUCCUAUAAGCAUUUAUAUAUUUAUAUAUGAUAUAUGAUAUAUAAUAAGGAUGGUAUAUAUACAUAUAUGUAUCAUGUCACAAAUAUUGACAAGCCUGGUUGAUUGGUUUUUAUUAUUGUAUUUUGUCUAUCUUUUUCAAAAUAAAAAAUGUGUAAUUUCUAACCAAAA